UUUAUUAGGAAGGAGGUGAGAUAGGUGAUGGGGAUGGUGGGGAGGCCUGAGGCGCUUCUUCUCUAUCUUCUAUGGCGGUGAGUCUCCUCUCUCUCACCAGCGAUCUAACUUCUUCCUUUCACACUCCCAAGCUUUGACAGAGUCGAAUCGGGUCCUCGGACACUUUUCUCUCUCACUAGCGACCUAACUUCCUCCUUUCACAGUCCCAAGCUUUGAUCGAGUCCGACGGAGUCGAACGGGGUUGACUCUCUCGCUCUCUCAACCAGUAUUGGAAUUGCAGAAGGAAAGUUUAGAGCUUGAAGGAGGAAGAUAAGGCCGUGGGAUUGAGGAAGAUGAAUGGGAAUAGGAAUGGAGGCGGAGGAGGCGGCGGAGGAGGAGGUGGUUUUGGCGGGAUAGUGAACGACUACAUUCGGAGGCACCACAAGCACGACCUUAACGACCAUCAGUGUACAUCUACUCUCGUCAGGCACAUCAAAGCCCCUGUCCAUCUUGUUUGGUCGUUGGUAAGACAAUUUGAUCAACCGCAAAAGUAUAAGCCAUUUGUCAGCAGGUGUGUGGUGCAGGGAAAUCUUGAGAUUGGAAGUCUCAGAGAAGUUGAUGUUAAGUCUGGGCUUCCUGCCACAACAAGUACUGAGAGAUUGGAACUUCUUGACGAUGACGAGCAUAUUCUUAGCAUUAAAAUAAUUGGUGGGGAUCACAGACUCAGGAACUACUCUUCAAUCAUCUCCCUCCAUCCAGAGAUAAUUGACGGAAGACCGGGGACUCUGGUGAUUGAGUCAUUUGUAGUUGACAUUCCUGAAGGGAACACCAAGGAUGAGACCUGCUACUUUGUUGAAGCCUUGAUCCAAUGCAAUCUCAAAUCUCUUUCUGACGUCUCAGAGCGACUUGCAGUACAGGACCAAACUGAGCCAAUCGAUCAGCUCUGAAAAUUGGAACCGAUAGCACAUGGUGGCGGCCAGAGACUGCAAUGGAUGAAGCUUCCGAGGCUUUCCUAACUCGGAGGUUUUGGAGACGGACAGGCAGUUGUACACUUCCAUUUCACACACGCGAAACACGCUCAUAUUUUUGUUUCCCUUGUUUUCCAUCAGUACAAAAAAAUUAGAUUGGUAAACUUCCUGUGUUUAGGAUCUUAAGAACCACAUCCGUCAUGAAGGUUUCUGUAACCCUUUCGCGAAUGAAAAGUACAGGAAGAAAAAACCGGACUAGGUUCUCUGUGAAUUUCGGGUUCUGUUUCGGUGAUAUGAUUUUGGUUGUGUAUAUAUGUGCCGAGAGACGGCAUUUGUACAUUUGCUUCUGAUUGCAUUUUAUGUUAAGUUUGGCGAGUAGUUAGCCGGAUUUCAAAA